AGUGCUAGCGCGCCCCCUAUCUACUUCCUCCCCUCCAGCCCGCCCGGAAGCGGCGCGGGGCCGGGGCGCUGCGGGCCGCGCUAUGGCGGGUACGGCGUUAAAGAGGCUGAUGGCCGAGUAUAAACAACUGACCCUGAACCCACCAGAAGGGAUAGUAGCAGGUCCUAUGAAUGAAGAAAACUUCUUUGAGUGGGAAGCUCUGAUUAUGGGUCCUGAAGAUACCUGUUUCGAAUAUGGGGUUUUCCCUGCUAUUUUGAGCUUCCCACUUGACUAUCCACUAAGUCCUCCAAAGAUGAGGUUCACGUGUGAGAUGUUCCAUCCAAACAUUUACCCAGAUGGGAGAGUUUGCAUCUCUAUUCUUCACGCUCCUGGGGAUGAUCCCAUGGGAUACGAGAGCAGCGCUGAGCGGUGGAGUCCUGUGCAGAGUGUGGAGAAGAUCCUCUUGUCUGUUGUUAGCAUGCUGGCAGAGCCAAACGAUGAAAGCGGAGCCAAUGUAGAUGCCUCCAAGAUGUGGCGAGAAGACAGAGAACAGUUUAACAGAAUUGCCAAGCAGAUUGUGCAGAAGUCACUUGGACUUUAAGCUCACAAAAAGACUGAAGUGUUUUGUAUUUCUCUCCACCUGAAAAAGAGCAGUGCUCAGUGCUGGUACCAAAAAGGAAAACUUUGCUAAACUAUCGAUCUAGUUCUUAUCCUUUGUUAUUUAUUUACCAUCUCUUUUCUGCUUCCGCUGCUGCACAGAAGCCUCUAGUUUACUCACUGAAUCGUAUGGGGAAGGGAUUUAUUGCUAGGGAAAAUAAUGGGAGCAAUGCUGUUUCAAAGGCUCUUUGUUGCUACCUCACUUCAUGGUAUGGAAAGCUUGGAGACUUUGCAAUCUGCAGCCUGCUUCUGUCAAUCUGCUAUUGGAGAACAGCCCUGAGUUAGAUCUCCUGCUGGAGGAAUUAGAUUUACAUCGGUAUAGGUAGCAUUGCAUUGGGAACACCAGUAGACAGAAAAUAGUUAUCAGUCUUAUUAUACCAGCUAAGUUAAGGACAGUGUUUGCAGUCAGAACCGAUCUGAAGACUGGUUAACCAGAGAAAGUUAUAAGACAGGGUUUUAGCCAGAAUGGUUUAACAUAGGAAGUGAUUCAGCACCGUGUAACUUGAAGAUCCAUGUGGUCAUUGCUAGCAGCUGGCUGGUACUCCUGCAUUACACUGUGAAUUUGUACUGAGCCUUUGAGUUAGGGUUUGCUUGGAAGAAAGCCCAAGAACUGCUUUACUGCUCCCUAAAGACAUUCAGUGUAAGCUUUACAUUCAAUUGGAGGUGCAAGAUGUAAAGGCUGGGUUCUUAAAUACGUGGGUCAGGUUCACUAUGAGCCCUAGGUAUGUCAUCUGCAGCCUGAAAAUGCAGUGAGGUUGUUCCUGCUCCAUGGGGAAUGUAAGAUAUCUCUGCAGUUACGUCAGCUCUUCUCUCCUGUAGCCAUUUGGAUGCUCAGAAAAUGAAGCAUUGCUGGCCUGUACCAUCACAGCCCAGGUCACCCAGUUUUCAGAUGAAGGAGCCUUUGCCACCAAUGGGUUUUGUAAUAUGGGCUGUAACGCUUCUUUAUGCUGAAUGCUAUAAGUAGGAGUCACUCGGCUGUGUUCUCUGGAUGGUAAGAUGCUUAUUUAAAAUGGCAGAGCACUGUAGGCCACUUCUGGUGGCUGGAGAUGACAAUCUGCAGUGCUUUGUGAAGCUGCUAAGGAGCUGCUGGUGACCUUUGUGCUUUGCAAGUGAGUCUAUUGUUUUUCUAGGAGCAGCUUGGGAGUGGAAGGAGCUGUGCUGUGCAGAAAGCUUUACAGAGGAGAUUGUGUGCAUGUGUGUGUGUUGAACUUGUCAGUAUUUCCAUCAUGCUGCACAUGCUGCUUAGUCACAGGCUGCAGAUUGGUGGGUGCCACCUUUCUCAUCUUUGAAUUCGGAGCUUGUAUUGCUUGUAUUCCCUGUGGAAGUAAUUCCUGUCACUUUGGUGGGUGGGUGUGAAGGGGACCCAGCUUAGCAUGGGAGCAGAGAUGACAAGAUAGUAUUGUACCUAACUAGUAUUUCAAGGCGUACAGGAAAACGUAGCAUCUGUAUGCAAAAUAAGGGUGGUUUGGGGGGUUGUAAUAUAUGAAGCAUAGCUCCUGCAAUUACCUCAGCUGCUGUUGGAGAGCUGUGUGCACCGCAGAGCAAACACUACGUUCAGCAGACGUGGCAAAGUGGGGCUCUUUUGAAGUGCGGAGUAUUUCAUUCACGUGUGUUUGCUCAUUAUUUUAUGGUGGGAUUUAGUCUGUAUUCUGAAAAUAAAGUGAUUAUAUAUAUUUUUUCCUUUCAUAAAAGUAA